AUGCUCGCGGCGAUGACUAUCAAGUUUCAGUGUGAAUGGCGCGGUAGCUUCCUGCAUUCCGUGAUGUGGCAGUCCGAGCAAGAAGUCAACAAUUCUGCCGGCCCUUCGAGAUCUUCAAACGGAAAGUCGAAGCCGACGAAACAUGCGUCCAGCACUACUAACUUGGCGCGAAGCCAAAGCUCGACGUCGCUUCUGAAAAGGGCGAUCAGCUUCCAGGUUCGUUCUUAGUUUACUUGAAAAUUUUCGCGCUUCGAGAAAAAAAAUCGUUUUGCUCUAGCCUCUAACCUACACAUAGUGAUAUGUUAUCAAUGGAAUUAUUGUUCCUCUUUUUUCGCCGCUAAGUGGAAUGCCUUGGCAAUCUCAAAAACGUCUUGAUACUAAUACUCUGAAAGAUAGACUUCGGGAAAAGGUAUAUUUUUCAUAAGUGAACUAUAUAUCAAGUGCAAACCAUUCUGGUGUUUUCAUGAAAUUUCGAAUUUUUGGAUCUUUUCACUUUAUUUUUUGACAUUAGAAGACUGUCAGAGAAAAUUCUUCCUCCUUUUAUCGUUAAAAAAAAUUAUUUUAGAAGUUUUCAUCAAAUCUCGAGAUUGCCUUGACUUCGCAGAAAAACAAGUUUUCGAAAAUAUCCCAUAUAAGUCAUUUUAGGUCGGGCUCGUUCAAAUUUUCAUAAAAAAACAGAAAAAAAUAUUCAGAACCUUUACUUUUUCGAAUUGAUUUGGAGAUCUUCUUAUCAACUUAUUUUUCUCAGUUUUUGUCAAGAAACACUGAAAGUGUGGUGGAUCGGGAGAAACGGGCAUUUAUCAAGAUGCGGUACAAGGACAUCUCGAAAUACGUCAUAUGGCCGUCAUGCAGGCUGCCUGAUCAGAAAGAUUUUCCGGUAACAAUUAUUUUUUCAGUCAAAGAGAGCUUUUUUCGAUAUCCUAGAUAUUCCAGCGCGUAAAUGAUAACGUUUUUAGAUUGCUCUUUUGGGCAGAUUUCAACCAAAAACCCAAUAAAAACGUUCAGAAGAACCCUCCUCUGGUGCCAACGUCUCCAAAAGAUCCACGAACAGUCCUUCUCCAACCUGAGCUUGAAGAUCACCGCUCUCCCUACUUACCUUGCACAAUUAACCACGUUUUACGGUCCGACUCGGAAGAUUCCAGUGAUGCGGAGCAAGUCUUAGAAAUGACCAGGUGUGCCUUACCUUUUUGAAAAUAUGCUACUUUUUUUUGCAGAUGCUCCACGCCGGAGAACAACUGA